AUGACAGUAACGCGGGUGGCGGAGUCCCGCACAGAAUUUAAAUUAAAGAGCUUGCCAGAAAAUGCGAUAUCUAGUGUGAAAUUCGCACCGAAAUCGAACCAAUUCCUGUUGGUAUCCUCAUGGGACCGUUCUGUAAGGCUGUAUGAUGUCACGUCGAAUACAGAACGCCACAAAUACAACCACGAAAUGCCAGUCCUCGAUGUCUGCUUUAGAGAUGCAGUACAUACAUACAGUGGUGGCUUGGAUCAAACUCUCAAGAUGUACGAUUUGAAUGCAGGUGUAGAGACAGAUCUGGGGGAACACAAAAACGCCAUCAGGUGUGUAGAGUUUGCUACCGAGGUGAAUGCCAUACUGACUGGCAGUUGGGACGGGACUGUGAAGAUGUGGGACAGUAGGGUACCAAAUUGUGUUGGUACUUAUAACCAGGGAAAUGAGAGGGUUUACACAAUGAGUAUAGUCGGUGAGAAGUUUGUCGUCGGGACUUCUGGCCGUAAAAUCUUUGUCUGGGAUGUCAGAAACAUGGGACACGUUAACCAACGACGGGAAUCCUCCCUAAAGUACCAGACCAGGUGCAUUAGAGUAUUUCCUAACAAACAAGGAUAUGUAUUAAGCUCUAUUGAGGGAAGAGUUGCAGUAGAAUAUUUGGACAGUAACCCAGAGGUGCAGAAGAAGAAAUAUGCUUUUAAGUGUCACAGGAUUAAAGAAGCAGGCCUUGAAAAAAUCUACCCUGUAAACGCAAUAAGCUUUCAUUCUGUUUACAAUACGUUUGCAACUGGUGGUUCAGAUGGCUACGUGAACAUCUGGGAUGGAUUUAACAAGAAACGUCUUUGCCAAUUCCAUCGGUACAACACGGCUGUGUCAUCUUUAAGCUUUUCACACGACGGGUCGGCUCUGGCUAUCGCUUGCUCGCAACUUGAUGAGUCCCAGAUUGAAGAUCCUAAACCCGAAGAUACUAUCUACAUUAGAUACGUGACAGAUCAAGAGACGAAGCCUAAAUGA